AUGGAUUUCAUCAAGACCAGUUCCCUGCGUGCUCUGAUUGAGUUAACUUUCCAACGCAACUGGAACGGCCUCAUUUGGAUGAGUAGAAAAGGAGUUAUAACCAAAAGAGUGAAGACUGGUCCAGACGGCUCUAUCGAGAACCAGCGCCAACCGCGCAGCCUGGCCGAGAAACGAAUGUUUCCGCGUCGGCCAAAUCAAUCCGUCCGUCUGAAGUCUCGGCCAAAGUUCGACCAUCCGGCCGAUCACGCAUCACGACCCGGGAAAGCAAUGUCCCGCGGUCGGCCAAGCCACGACCACUCAAGGCCAUGCCGCGCACGACCACCCCACGCGAUCCGGGAAGCCACGUCCCGCGUCCGGCCGAGAAAGCAUCGGCCAAUCUUCAUCCGUCCGACCACAGCGGCCGACCACGAAUCCGUCCGGCCACGACCGUUCCGACGCCAUGACCCGAUUGUCCGGCCGAUCGUCCCGACCGACCGUCCAACGCCGCGGUCGACCCGAAGCCCGUUUCACUAUUUUCAAGCCCGGCUUAACCCUAAGCCGCCUCUGAAAGACCUAGCACUAUAUAUAUAG